AUGACAUUCUAUGUUUGUAGCUCUGUGGGCCCGCUCUUUAUGUCUCAUACAGACAGACUCUCACCUGUUGACGCUAGGUUUGUGGAUGCCUUCCAUACAUUCACACAACAGCAUAUGGGCAUGAAUGUGGGCAUUCAGCAGCCUGCUGUCCUUGGAGAAUCAUUUCAACCUGGCUGCCAUCUGCAUGUGCAAAACAUUUACCACCAUUCAUCGCAGUAUGGGCUUAUGGGACUUCAGCAGACAGUAAUGUGUGCUCAUGAACACUCAGUCCAUCUUUUCAUUGACCUGUUAAACAAAGACAACCAGAUAAUGUCCUACAAGUGCAGUGACAGCACAGCCUUCAAUAAGGGCAUCUGUCUUGACCGCCAAAAGAAUCGCUGUAACACUUCACAGAAAUUUUGCACUGAGUUGAGGAGAUUUCAGGUAACAAAACCUUCUUUCCUCAUCACUCAUCUGGGAGGAAAGUCCCGUCAUAUGUGGGCAAACAUGUGGGGCGAGGUUAACGCCAUGAUUCCUUGGGGCAAAACAAGCAGAGGACCACAACUCACCACUGGAAAGAUUCUUGUAAAAGCUGGAGAGACCAAAGGAAAUGGUUACGUCACGGUCUCACAACAUGUUAAUAGUCACCAGAAAGUCAUCAAGUGUCCCAAUCUGAUAAGAGUUUUCUUAUUCUUCACAACUAUGUUUUGCGCUCAGACAAAUGGUGGUAUUUAUAUCGAACCAUCAUAGAAAAAUGCGUUUGUCCGCUGUGAGAAGCCACGGUGA